CCCCUCAAAUGACCACCAUAACCGCCGAAUCCGCCUGGGCCAGAUGGUCCACCAAGUACACCAUCCACCCCGAGACCUUGACCACCACGCAGCGUAUCCUUGACCUUGGCCUCAAACCCUUCCAGACCUUGACCUUGGAAGAAGCCCGAGCCCAGUCCGUCAUCGCCCUCCGAGACGACGAACCCGCGGACCCUUUCGACGGGGACAUCACGGAAAUCAUCAUCCCAAGCCCCCAAGUCGAAACCGGAAUUCCGGUCACGGUGUACAAGCCCUGCCGGCUUCCGGCUGACCCGGUGAUUUGUGUGUACUUCCAUGGAGGGGGUCUGGUCAUGCUGACCAGAAAAAGUUAUGACAGAUGCGCGAGGUCAGUGUCUUCUAGGUCCGGCGCCAUUUUUGUUGUGGUUGAGUACCGGCUCCUCCCUUGUGAGGAAGAUCCACUGGCACCCUUCAAUGACGCUCUAGCUGUGACGAAAUGGGUCUUGGAAAACAAGGAAGUCGUAGGCGGGUGUAAAAAUAGCCAGGUCGGUGUGGGCGGGGACAGCGCAGGCGGGCAGAUCACGUGCAGUGUAUUGAAUGACGUGCAGGGCGUGGCCUUCCAGGUGCUGGUGUACCCGGUCACUGACCUCACCUGCGACCUGCCCUCGUUUGAAGAGUUCCGCGACGUUCCAGGGUUCAACACUCACGGGAUGGAGGCCAUGUUGGAUAUUUUUCUCCCGGGUAUCAAGGGCGCGGCCAGCAACCCGCGGGUCAACCCGUCAGCCAGAGCCAACCUGGAGUCGUCUCCCCCCGCCCUUGUCAUCCACGCUGAGCUGGACGCGCUGAAAGACUGGGGCGUGGCCUAUGCCCGGAAGUUACGCCAGGCCGGGGUCAAGGUCACUGAGUUUACAGUUUCCGGAGUCCCUCACGCGUUCUUUGGACGUGUGGCUGAUUUCCCCACGACAUCCGCCCUCGCACACGACGAGGUGGCCAGAUUUAUUAAAAGUUUUCAAAGCUAAAUUUACAAUUUUACCGGUAAAGCCUAUUUAUUCCAGAAUCUAUAAAAGCAGGUUGAAAUUUCAAGCAGAUACUUCAACUACGUUAUUUUGUGGGCAAAUGGAAUUAAGAAGUGUGGAGUAAAAAUAUUCUCAAGUUUAGUCGAGUAACACUGAAAAACGUAGGAUGAGUACUCAAUUGUAGAUGAGUCGUGUUAUAUGAGUAAUCAAAAGUGUCACUUUUCAAACCAGACAAAUUUACCUGUCAUGUUAUAGUAUGACUGUUUAUGCGCUUCGAACUCGACUUGAGUCUCCAAAGCCUAAAAAAAUGUUAUGUAACAACUAUCUUCGAUCUAAAAUACUUUAUUGAUUUUGUAAAUCUGAUUCAACAAAGCGAUAUACUUUUUGUUGUUGUUGUUGAGCUGUCUAGAACCGAUUGAUGAUUACAGUGAACAAUCUUCCUGAAAUUUGAAAAGAUCUUGUUCAGAUAAGCCCCGCCACUAAUGCAAACAGUACUUAGGUGAAAAUUAAGCGCCACUUGUGACCUAUUCAAAUUGUCUAGACAUUUGAAUAUAUAUAAAAGCACGCCAUAAAAACAACUCCUUAGCUGCCUCUAGGCUUGGCUGAAGUCUGACGAAGGAUUCUGGGAGGUUUCGGAGAGUUGGAUACGGAAGUUGUCUGACGUCACACAAGUCACAUAUGCGCAUGCGCAUUAACUUCACGCUACAUUCAAAGCGCCAUUGUGCAUUUUUAACGUGUUAAGAAUGUUUAAAAUAAUGGAAAUCAACUGCAUUUAGGCUAUAUGAUCGUAUCAAGUUUUAUUUCAUUUUUUUUAAAGAUCCUUAAUUAUCCUAAUUACCAAUCCAAAUAAAUCAGAAAAAAAGCUGUGUAAUGUUUCAA